UUGCGGUGCUAAGAGGUUGAGGCAGAAGGGCGGUAUAUUUCAACCCGCCCUCCGAGAAACAGCAAUUUUGAAGAGAAGUCCCUCCGAGCUAACAAACGGAGGCGUAUGCAUAUGCUGUGGGGAUGGGGAGACCUGGAGGCAGUUGGGGACGGGGAUCCUGGCCAAGUUGCCUUUUUCUCCAGUUAAAUUGUAAGCUGCCCAGAGUUGCCUUGUAGACAUGGGCAGCCUAAAAAUUUAAUAAAAUAAGUUGUUAGGCAAAGCCUUGUUGCUUUUUAGCAGUAGGCUUUAAACAGCAGAACUGUGCAUAGGCAUGCAGUGUAUAGAAAGACCACCAAUUCUACCUAACACGAUGUGAAGGACACUCAGCUUUACACAUAGGUUUGUUACUUGGCCAAUCUUGCCUUUGUAAAAUUUGACUAAUGCUUGUUUCUUUCCUGGGGCAUAGAAUUAGAAACUCAGAUCUAAGAGCCACAUUCUAAAGCAGGAGAAAUUGCUUCCAUAUUUUAGGAUAACAUAUAGAUCUGUUUUUUUAAUACACUGUCUGGGUGCUAAUUUCUUUGAUCUAUCCUCUUUAGGUUGUCAGUGCAUCAACUCUAAAGGAUCAGUUGAAAAUAUUGGAAGCAGAGAAAUCAGCGUCUUAUCUAGUUUCUUGAGGAAUUCUUGAUUCAGUAACUCUGCUGUACAUAGUGAUGAGUGACCCCACCAUAUGAUUUCAAAUGCUAUUGCAUAACCUAUAACCCAGAAAUGUACAUGAGUAUCUUUUUCUUUUUGUCCUUCUAGGGGCCUCCAAUUCAGCUAAUUCAGGGAAGCCAUCUAGUUAUAAAUGAAAAGAUUCCUUUGGAAUCUUAUUUGCUGCCUGUGAAAGGAAUAGCUUCUUCCCAAAUCAUUAAACAGAGAAGGUGACUAUCUCGGUGGGGCCACACUGAUCAUGCUCAGGAGUUUCUGUCUUCAGCUCAUGUCCUUGCUUUGGAUUCUUGCGGCCCAUCACCACUUUACCCAAGGUGAUGACUGCAGUGACCACUGUAAUUUGGCCCACGGCAGCUGUGAAAAGGAUGGCAAAUGCAGAUGUGAUCCCGGUUGGGAGGGUAAAUAUUGUGAACACUGUGUGAGAAUGCCUGGCUGUAGCCAUGGGACCUGCCACCAGCCCUGGCAAUGCAUUUGCCAAAGUGGCUGGGCUGGCAAGUUCUGUGACAAAGAUGUUCACAUCUGCGAGCAUCAGUCGCCAUGCAAAAAUGGGGCGGAGUGUGUUUAUGAUCGUGACGGAGAAUAUUCCUGUCAGUGCCUUGAAGGAUUCCAUGGAAAGGACUGUGAGCUGAAGACAGGGCCAUGUGAGAAAGCAGGAUUUCCAUGCAAAAAUGGUGCAUUGUGCCAUGAUAAUAAUGGCUUUGCUUCCAAUUACACCUGCAAGUGCCUGGCUGGAUUUACUGGUACACAUUGCGAGACUGAUGUCGAUGACUGCCUCAUGCGUCCCUGUGCCAAUGGCGCCACCUGCCUCGAUGGCAUUAAUCGCUUCUCCUGUCAGUGCCAGGAUGGCUUUGAAGGACGUUUCUGCACCAUCAACAUUGAUGAUUGUGUCAGCCAACCAUGCAAGAAUGGGGCUAAAUGUUAUGAUCGUAUCAACAAUUUUGAUUGCUUGUGUCCCAAGGGCUUUGCUGGGAAAACAUGUGAGCUCCUAGCUCCUGAGGCAACCUGGAUCACUGUAUCCCAACCUGAUGCCAAGGACCACAACAGGGCUCUGGGAAGCACAACCAGCAGUUACUCUUGGAUGACCCAGUCUGAGCCAGCCAAGGUUAUAGUUACGGGAAAGCGGAUCACUAACUACAGCGAGAAAUCAAAUGAUGGUGGGCUGUUAAUCUCUGUGAAAGAGGUGGUGACUCAGCAAGACUCAGGACUGAGUCAGUCACAGCUCAUUUUAGUGCUUGUAUUUGGGGGAGUUACUAUUGUGUUGGUCUUAGUGACCGUGUUGUUGCUGCUGAAGAAUUGGCAGAGGGGACGCCAGAGAAGUCAGAGCCCCUCCCAAACUGCAAGGAAGCUUCAGGACCAAGAAUGUCAAGUGGGAAUGUUAAGUACAAUCUUGAUAGAACCCAGGAAAACAACAGAGCUGUAAGGAGCCAGAAUCAGAGCCUGGUUGAUCUAAAAAUGCCCACCGAUGAUACAGAGAAUCCUUCCAGCCACGUCUGGGGCCAGUUCUGGCUGCUUAUCUCCAAAGCGUUGAGGGCUCUGAUGGAACUGAAGACUGAAUUGGCAUGAAGGAAAGUGUCUACAAGGCAGUAAAUCCUGCUUUUAGAAAAGAAUUCUUGAAUGUGUGCAGUAAAUCCAUUGGCAAGUUGACUUCAACUAAUCAAGGCAGCCAAGGAAACAUUGGGCUAGGAUAACCCUCCUUUUGAAAACAGCAAAUGGAUCAGAAGGUUGUUAUCCGACAUGCGUUCUGCAUUGUAUAAUGGCGCCAAAGGUGCCAAGACAGUUUAUAGGAGCUGUAACUUUGUUAGGCCUUCAGGCAUCUGAUAACUCUUGGUUAGAGUCUUUGCAGGUUUCAUAUGGCCUAUUCUGAGAGUUUAGAAACUGCUGUGAUAUGCCCUGACUCUAGAAUUCUGGUCCAAACAAUAUAGAAUUUUUCUACCAGAGGCCAUUUUGUGUUUCCAAUGACAAUAUUUUCCCAAGGGCCUCAUAAUGCCUUGAGACAAUUUGCUGACCAUUUUUAUUACAUCUCCCUUCUCUUCUAUCUCAUUUUCUUUUUUGUUUGUUUGUUUGUUUAGUUGCAAAUGAAAGACAGAUUCUGUAUUACACCAAAUCAUGUCAGGAGGUUUGUUAAUGCUUAAUUUUAUAUUACGUCAUUCACCAAUCCAGCAACACAUUUCCUCAGCUAUGGUGUCAAACGGGAGCAAAAACAGAAACCAAUGUCCAUUCUUUGCCUUGGAUAUCUGGUUUGAGCCUCCACACUUGCCAGAAAGAAGAUAGACAUCUGUGAAAUUGGAAGUAAAGUUCUAUUCUAGUUCCAAUUCCAAGGAACAAGUUCUUGAGAGAAAGGACUUAGGAGUGAUAUCAAAAUAAUUAUAUUGUUGGAGGAUUCCACAUAGUGUGCAUGUAUGUGGGAGAGAGGAAAAGAGAUACAUGGUAUACAUUUGGAGAAAAGAGUGCCUCAAGAUUCAUGUUGGAUUAUAUGAAAAAAGAGGCAGUAGAACUGUUGAAAUUUUGAAACAAAAGUUUUAGAGUUGCAGAUACAAAACUCAAUUUUCGGAACAGUUAUUUUUGUUGCUAAGUUUUGCAUGUUUUCAGGAACAAGUGUUCCUCUCCCAUCUGCUGUUCCUUUUCUAAUGGAACAUUGGAAAUUGUUUUACAGCAAGUCACUUCACUGAUACAUUCAGCUCAGAAGCUGCCAUAUUGAUUGGCCAUACGUCCCCAGGAAUUUAGGUAGGAGAGUAUACAAUCCUUACCUGGCAAUGGCAGGUUUUAAAAAGUGUACAAUCAAUUACUUUACCUUCUCUAUGUGCUAGUGAAGGUAAUGAUGCAUUUAAACAGACAAUAUUGCAUAACGUUCUUUGGGUUGAAUGAUAAAAUCUGUUCCAUUCAGUAGUACUUUCUAUAUUCCAUCAUGAUAAAUGCUGAGUGUAUAGAAUGUUCGUGUUGGCCUUGACUGCUCAGCUCCCCUCAUCUCACAUCGUAAAUAUGUCAACACUUUAGGAUUGUGGCUAAAUUUCUAGGUUAUGUACAUAGAAACACCUAAGCAAAAAAAAAAAAAAACCUGAAGGAAAGAUUAUUUUUGUAAUACACAAUUGACAAAUGUGUAUUACUGCUCAGCUCUCCUCAUUUCACACCAGAAAAAUGUCAACACUUUAGGAUCGUGGCUAAGUUCCUAGUUGUAUACAUGGAAAUACCUAAGUUAAACAAAAAAAAAAA